AGUUGAGAGAUUUGUAAAGUAAUAUUUCUAAGGAGUAUUUAAGGAUAAUGAAGUGAGUGAAGAGAAGUGAUGUCCGAAAAAUGAUUGUCCCUCUGAUGAUGAUGAUCCAGGUCCAAUACAACCUCAUGAGCCUCAUCGCUUUCUCCGCUAUCAUCUUCUUGGGAUCCACUCUCUACAUCAUGACCCGACCCACUUCCAUCUUCCUCCUGGACUACUCCUGCUAUCUCCCCCCUCAGCACCUCCGCGUCCGCUUCAACCAGUUCAUGGACCACUCCACCCUCACCGGCGACUUCCUCCCCUCCUCCCUCCACUUCCAGCGCAAGAUUCUCCUCCGCUCCGGCCUCGGCGAGGAAACCUACGUCCCCCAAGCCAUGCACUCCAUCCCCCCUCGCCCCUCCAUUUCCGCCGCAAGGUUAGAAGCCGAGCAGGUCAUGUUCGGCUCCCUCGACACCCUCUUCUCCAGCACCAACGUCAACCCCAAAGACAUCGGCAUCCUUGUCGUCAACUGCAGCCUCUUCAACCCCACCCCUUCCCUCUCCUCCAUGAUCGUCAACAAGUACAAGCUCCGCGGGAACGUCAAAAGCUUCAACCUUGGCGGCAUGGGCUGCAGUGCCGGCGUCAUCGCCGUUGAUCUCGCAAAAGACAUGCUUCAGGUUCACCCCAACACCUACGCCGUCGUCGUCAGCACCGAGAACAUAACCCAGAAUUGGUACUUCGGAAACAACAAGGCCAUGCUCAUACCCAAUUGCCUUUUCCGCGUUGGUGGGGCCGCGAUUCUUCUCUCCAACAAAAGCUCCGACAGAGCAAGAGCCAAAUACAAGCUGGUGCAUGUGGUUAGGACUCACAAGGGGGCAGAUGACAAGGCGUUUAGGUGCGUGUACCAGGAACAAGACGAGGUCGGAAAAACCGGUGUUUCUUUGUCCAAGGAUCUCAUGGCUAUUGCUGGUGGGGCUCUUAUGACUAACAUAACCACGUUGGGUCCCCUUGUCUUGCCUAUAAGUGAGCAAUUUCUGUUCUUUCUCACACUUGUGGUGAAGAAGCUUUUCAAUGCCAAGAUGAAGCCUUAUAUCCCUGAUUUCAAGCUCGCCUUUGACCAUUUCUGCAUUCACGCUGGUGGGAGGGCUGUGAUCGAUGAGCUGGAGAAGAAUCUGCAGCUUCGGCCGGAGCACGUGGAGGCUUCGAGGAUGACGCUGCAUAGGUUCGGGAACACUUCUUCGAGUUCGAUUUGGUACGAGUUGGCUUACACGGAGGCAAAGGGGAGGAUCAGAAAGGGGCACAGGGUUUGGCAGAUUGCGUUUGGGAGUGGGUUUAAGUGUAACAGUGCGGUGUGGGAGGCGCUUAGACAUGUAAACCCUUCACCCAACACUCCAUGGGAAAACUGCAUUCAUAGGUACCCCGUUCACAUUCAUACAUAAUAAUUACCACUAUCGCUUUCAAGAGACUUCCAUUCAUCUCUAAUUCAUCGCCGUUUCUUUAAUUGAAUUAAUUGGGUCAGUCAGGGAACCUCUUUAGAAAAUCAGAGUCAAUUAUUCAUUCUGUUUUCGUCGGUCACUUGAGCUUUGGACAUGACUGUAUUGUGAAUUUGUGAUUUGAUUACAUCAUUUUUUUUUCAUUCAAAUUCUUCGGAUUAGUGUUAAUUUUUUUUUUUUUGGUGUGCAAUUUUGUUUCUGGGUUCAAACAAUGUAGCCAGAUUAGCUCUCGUGUAACCAUUUAGAUUUGGCUAGACAUUUGUUGGAACUUUGUUACCCCGAGAAAUUAGCUUUUUGUUGUGCAUAAAGCAGCGCAUUAA